GGGCCUUAUAAAACCAAUCUAGCCCAUAUCACUACCAACCCAUUUAUUACAUCCGAAUCUAAAUUAAUCAAACCCGUAUAUUAAACCGGGUUUAAAAUUCUGACCCGUAAUUGAUCCACUGACCUAGAAAUUGGGGGGAAUUGAAUCUUAUCCAUAAUUCAAUCUCUUCCAAUUUCUCUUCUUCUUCUUCUUCUUCCUCGCGACGCGUUAAUGGCGGCUUCGUUCUCACUCACGAGCUUCAUCUCCUUCAUCUCACCAUUCAAAUCUCAAACUAAACCUACACCACCACCAAAUCUCACUCUUCCUUCUCCAACAAUCUCCCAAAGGCGAAGAAAUGAUCUCGCUAUCGAAUCAAUGGCGGUCGAAGAAACUUCCUCAACCGCUUCUUCACUUUCCUCUGAGCUUGCUUCCGUGAUUUGUCCCUCGCUUGCUUACUCCAACACACUCUUCUUCAGUUCUGGAUACAAUGUGCAAGUGUUUGUUGAAGAUAAUGAGUCAGAGGAGAGGCUUGUGAAUCGAUUUAGGAGAGAAGUGAUGAGAACUGGUGUUAUACAGGAAUGUAAGAGGAGAAGAUACUUUGAGAAUAAACAAGAUGAGAAGAAACGUAGGACUCGUGAUGCUGCUAAGCGUAAUAAGAAAAGGCGUCCUCAAGCAAGGUUUACUCAAGAAACAAGAGAAGAAGCAGCAGCAGCAACUAAGAGUAAGAAAAAAGAUGAGGAAGAAGACAACUGGGAGAUGCCUGGUGGAGAUGUACCUUCUUGAAACACGAUUUUAGUAUAUAAAAUCUCCGGUCUUUUGAUUAAAUUUCGUAUUAUCCCGUUUUUAUUACUUGGUACAUUGUGAGUUGGAAAUGUGUUUACUGCAUAUUAUAACUUGCUUCUAGUAUUGAGUUCUCUUAAGGGCAUCUUCAUUUGUUUUAUAAUGUCUAAAAUCAGUUGCAUUUGUUGGGGCUCUCCAUGGAUGCUAUUGUUAAUCUGAUUCAGUGCUAUUUCUCUAAAAACAGAAGUCUUGUGAUUUUGGUCCAACUGACAGAUUUCCCAUACAAAUAUGAUUUUUGUUUUUUAG